UCACCGGCAUUACCACUAGUGGACAUUGUAAGAGAACGCGAGCAGGAACGAGACCGGAAGAGGCAGGAACCGAGAGACGUGACCAGAAAUAAAGAACGAGAGCGAGAACACCGAGAACGAGAUCGAGAGCACCGGGAGAGACAACGGGACCGCGAGAGGCAGCGGGAGAGAGAAGUAUCAGUCUGUGGUAUUGAACCACCUGAUCCUGUUUUCGUAUCAUCCUCGGCGGCCCUCCUCGCGUUACAAAGGAUAAAGGAGGCUUCGCUUGUAUUUCACAAACGACCGGCGCUGACGCCUGGGAUUGGCCUCACCGGCAGAGGAAACAGCGGAGUUGCUGGACACGGUGGUAGCCUCAAUAACGUCGACAGUGACUGCGGGGAUGCCCUCAAGCGACGCAAAGUUCACCGAUGCGAUGUCGCGGGAUGCGACAAAGUCUACACCAAGAGCUCCCACCUCAAGGCACACAAGCGAACGCACACUGGUCAGUUUUUAUUUUUAAUU